UGUGUGUUUGUGUUUGUAAGUGAGUGCGUUUGUGUGUCAGGCGGUAUUCCUGCUCGUCUUGCUCCUCCAGUUAAGUUGAAUCAGAGGCAUUCUCUCUCUUCUCUCUGUCUCUGUCUCUCUGUCCUUCUGCUCUGAAAGCAUCAACAAGCUCCUGGUUCAGCACCACAGGACUCGCUGAGGCCCUCGCCCAAGGCCUCUAUCAGUCACCACAGACGCACCCUGCCGACAGGGCCCCCUGUUUUAAAGUCCCGGGAUCUGGCACUAAAAACGGAAAAUGCAGAAUAAAACUGGAGAAGCAACAGAAGGGAUAGAGCUGAAGUGUGGCAUGUCUGGAAACCAUGAAUUCAUCUUCACCAUGGUGCCCAUUGUCUAUGGCUGCAUUUUUGUCAUUGGCAUCGUGGGCAACAGCAUGGUGGUGGCUAUAAUCUAUCGCUACAUGAAGCUCAAGACAGUGGCCAACAUUUUUGUGCUCAAUCUCUCUGUCUCUGACCUAACCUUCCUUACCACCUUGCCCAUGUGGGCCACCUUCACUGCCACAGGCUACUAUUGGCCCUUUGGAGGAUUUCUGUGCAAGGCCAGCGCAGGGCUGAUCAUUUUUAACCUCUACACAAGCAUUUUCUUUCUCACAGCACUCAGCAUCGAUCGUUAUCUGGCCAUUGUCCACCCUGUGCGAUCACGCAAGUUCCGCACUGUGGUGUAUGCACGCAUCACCUGUGUGCUCAUCUGGGUGUUUGCUUUUCUGCUUAGUGUGCCCACAGCUUUAACCAGAGAUGUCCACAACAUAACAAAAUUUAAUACCACAGUGUGUGGCAUUCUGCACCAAAAGGAUGGAAACACCAUGAUUCUGAAACGCCUCCUGCUGGUCAUCAGCCUGAUGAAAAGUCUGCUGGGCUUCCUGGUGCCCUUCCUCAUCAUCAUCACCUGCUACUGCCUUAUUGGACGGGCGCUCCUGGGUGCAAGACACAUCCAGAAAAGCUCCCGUUCCCGAGAUGACGAGGUCCUGCGCAUGCUAGCUGCUGCCGUCCUCGCCUUCUUCCUGUGCUGGGUGCCCCAUCAGGUAUUCCACUUCAUGGAGGUGCUGACCCAGCUGGCAGUGCUGGAGAACUGUACCACCCUGGAAAUCAUUGACACAGCCAUGCCCUUCACCAUCUGCAUUGCUUAUUUCAACAGCUGUGUUAAUCCCAUUGUCUAUGGCUUUGUGGGACGCAAUUUCCGCAAAAACCUCCUGCGUCUGUUGCGCUGCUCACCAGGCGGACCUACUGGGGGUCACCCUAGCAUCAGCUCCAAGAUGAGCGCCCUCUCCUAUCGCGCAUCCGAGGCACUGAGCCUCACGACCAAAAGCAAAGCCUCCUCUGAUGUUAAGUGAAAAGGGAUAGACAGUAUAAAUUCACUCUCUUUGCUCUUUUAGUUAUGUGGUAAAAGAGCUGAGGAUGGACACAAUCCAUGCUUUAAGAACCCCAACUGUAUUACCAAGCACUGAACCUCGCAAACAUGACUGUAAUGUUGAAUGUUGUAUCCACAUCCUACUGUUGAUUCGUUCAAGAGACAUUCACCUAUUCAUUCUGCCUUGCAUGAUGCUGAUCAGCAGUAAUUAUUUAUAAAGCAUAAGACAUCACAUAACUCGUCUUAACGUGUCACACAUUCACACUGGAAGAUAUUUCUGGGACUACAAAAUGAACGGACCAUAUCCUUCACUAAGCUAAAACACGCGCGUGCACGCACACACACACACACACACACACACACACACACACACACACACACACACACAAGGUUGUAUAUCAUAUUGAUGAAUAAUCCCAUUAUAUACAAAAGAUAUGCAAGUACUGGAUGAUUAUUUCAUCUCAUUCUACCAUAAGAAUAAAGUGCAGAAAUACUCAUGUAUUCAGGUCCAGUUGUAACCUGUUUGUGUUUAGCGGGUAUUUCAGCAGUUGGGACAGUGACCAAGAGCUCAACAAAUUUGUCAAAACUACAACUAAAGCAAAUCCAAAUUUACAUUAUAAACUAUAAUCUGCUCUGCCAGCAUUUGUACACAUCGAGCAAUUGGAAAUGUCCAGAAAAUGUGUGAUGUAAAGUUAUGCAGAUAAAUAACCCACAUAAUUAUGAAAAGUGGUGCCUAUAUGUUAUAUUUCGUAUUGUCAAAUUAUGUGCUCCUUGUGAUAAUAUAAGUGUUUCCAUAAUAAGUCGGAAAUGUUGCAAAAUGCCUGGUUGUAUCAUACUGUAUAAAUAAAAAAAAAAAAAAAAGUGAUAUACAAACACUCCAGGUAGGGUGAUUAUUGUCAGUAUCUGUGGUGGCUGUCAUUGUGGUAUUUAAACAUGUUGAUAGG